AUGUCUGAAACCGGAAAGAAUUCAACUGCAGAAUUAUCUGCUGUUAAGGUAACUGUAAAGUUACCUGAAUCAAUUGUUCACCAUCGUUCUCACCAAAAGAAGCAACAGUCUCACAAUGUAAAGGAAACUAAUGAGCUAUCCUUCCAAUUCCCAAGAGAAACAAGAGUCCAAACUAUAUUAGACGUCUUGAGUUAUGCUCAAGCAACUAAAUAUUUAACUAAUUUCAAAUUGAAAACUGUUCAUCAAAUUUUGAACCCUGAACAAUCAAUUAAUGAAAUUAUUAAUGAUGAGAAAAGUAAUCAUUUAAACUUAUCCAUCGAACUAUGUCCUUAUAAUACAAGAGAAAUUGUAAGACAUGUUUUGACUUUGAGAGAUUUCAUCGGUUUUGCUUUAGAAACUGAAGAUGGUAUCUCUGAAUUCAGCAUCUCUACUGGUUCAAAAUUCUCAAAUAUACCAUUCAUGGAUGUUAAAGAAAAACAAGAAGAAAUUGAAGAGAUUCCAAGAGAUGAUAAUAAAAAUUUACCAAAGAAAAAUGUCUUGAAGGUUUCUCAAGAAGAAAAGGAUAAUUUCUCAAAGGAAGUUCAUUCAAUCUUAGAUUCCUUCAAAUAUUCAAAUUCAAAUUUGAAAUCUGCUUAUUCAACAAUUUCAAAUAUUGUCACACCUUGUUUAAAUUCUUUGAAUUUAUCAGCUUUUAAUCCUGUUCCAGCUUUCUUUAAGACAAAGGGUCACAUCUUAUACUUACAUAUCGUUACUUUAGAAGGUGAAUCUUUCCAUGUAACCGCUGUACCAUCAGGUUUCUAUAUUAAUAAAUCUUCUUCAAAUAAAUUCGAUCCUUCUAUGAAAGAUGUUGAAGGUAUCACUCAACAGGAUUCCAUUAAAUAUAAUCUAUACGAUUUAAUUGCCUUACACUCGAAAAAAUUCCAUUCUCAUGUUGAAGCUUUGGAAAAGAAAUUGGCCGCUUACCAAUCAAUUGAAUAUGUUAAACCUUUGACCACCUUCUUACACAAACCAUGGUUAGUUUCUUCUUUACCUGCUAAUAACGCUGAUUAUUCAAGAAUGCAAUUGGAUUCUUCCCAAUAUGAAUCUGAAAGAAAUUUCAAUGAUGAAUUCCAAGCUAUUAGAGAAUUACCAACUCCAACUGUACAAGAAAGUAUUCAAUCUGAAAGAUUAUUGAGUAGAAUAUCACAUGAAUUCACUACUGCAGCAGUUAAAGGCGCCAUGUCAAUCUUUUAUGGUGAAAUGCUUCCUUUGAACCCAGAAUCUGAUGACCAAAUCUUCUUGAGAGAUAACAUCUUCUACUCUUACGUCAUGGAUGCAAAUGGUUCUUACGAUGGUAAAGGUGGUAAUGAUGCCGCUUUUGCUGCUUCAAAUCAAGAUUUGAAGACUAUCCAAAUUUUGAAAAAUUUGAAAAUGAAAGAUGUCUAUUACUUGUUAACUACCAUCAUUGACUUUGGUGGUAAAAGAAUAUUGGCUCAAACUCCUGUUCCAGGUUUAUUAUCAAACAUGGGUGCCGAUGUCAUUACAGAUGCUGAUUCCGGUGAACAAAUGAUUGUUGAUAAGAAGAGUGAAGUUUCAGUUGUUUACGGCUUAGAUGAAGAAUCAGGCAAAGUCUUAGCCAACGAUCAAUUUGACAAGUCAGUCAGUGAAGAAUUCUCAAAGUACUUACACUUAAAAUCUCAUGAUGUUGAAGGUUCAAAGAUUUCUUUCUCCUAUCAAUCCAAAGGUAUCCUAGGUUCUGACAAAAGAAACUAUAUCAUUGAUUUAGCAAACACAUAUCCAUUGGAUGUUAAAUUUGCUAAAGAACAUUUUGAUAAUGCUGAAGAAUCAAAACGUUACCCACAUAGACAAACAUUAUUACGUCCUGAAUUAGUAGAAAAAUGGUGGAAUUCAAAAGUUCAAGCUGAAGGUAUCGAGAUUAACAAAGCUUACGAUGAAGCCAAGUUUACUUACAAUCCAGAUGCUUACCAAGUUGAAGGUGUCGAAGAUGUCAACAUCCAAGAUAUGUCUUCAUAUUUGGUUGAGACUGUCUUGCCAAGUGUUAUUGAAGAUUACGCUACCGGUAAUGUAAGUGUUCCAUACGAUGGUGAACAUUUAGUCGAUACCUUACAUAUUAACGGUAUUAACGUGCGUUACUUGGGUAAAUUAGCAAUUUUAGCUAAAGAAAAACUACAAUUGCAAGAAGAAGUUCAUGAAAAGAGAUUAAAGGAAAUUGAAAUCUCAAAUAAGGACUACGAAGAAUGGGAAGCAUCUUAUUUAAAGAAGAUUGAAAAAAUGAUUAUUGAGAGACAAGAAAAGGUGAACAAAUUAGUUCAAGAAGGUAAAGAAGUUCCAAAAGAAUUGACUGAAGAAUUAAAAUUGAAUGAAGAUGAUAUCAGAAAGCCAACUGAUGAUGCACCAGCUGUUGUUAACACUGAUGAAUUAUUGCCUUUGAUUAAAGUCACUGAAAUUGAAAUUUUUGCUCGUACCAUGAAACAUAUUUUGAGAAAGUACACUAAAGACUUACCUGUAGUUGCUAUCCCAUCAAUGAUUGCAUUUGUCUUAAACUUGUUGUUCGGUCAAAAAUAUAAUGAAGUACCAAAACCAGAAUCAGUUGAUUCCUUCUAUGAUGUUGAUACUUAUGAAUUCAGUAAAUUGACUCGUGAUGGAUUAAUUAAAGAGAUUCAACUAGUCUCUGAAUUACGUUUCCGCUAUGAAUUGGCUGCUGAUUUUGUCGACCAAUUCAGCGAUGCUCCAUUCAUCUUGAUUAGAUCAAUUGCAAGAAAAUCAGGUAUACAAUUUUUGAACAAAGAUUACUUCUUCACCAAGGAUCAAUUUGAAGAGUUCAAAUUAUCACAAGAUAAGAAGGUUAGAGGUAAAUUAGUCGCUCCAGCCAAUACAUUUACCGUCUCAGAUUUGAAUAUGAUUCCUCGUAUCAAGGAUAUUGACUACUCUUCAGUUUUAAGUGACCAAAAAUGGGCAGAAGGUUCAAUGUUAUUGAAUGAAGAUCAAAACGCUGCAUUGACUCUGUUUGCCCAAGCUAUUGCUAUCAAGGAGGAAGUCAAUGGUGUAUUGCACAAAGAUGUCGCUGAAAAAUACUUGACCUUAUCUACUGUUUAUAGUAAAUUAGGUCUAACUCCUGAAGCAGUUGCUUUCUGCCGUAAAUCAUGUGCAAUCUACGAAAGAGUUUCUGGUAUUGAUUCAUUUGAAAUGUUAAGAUCUUUAUCGAACCUGGCUUUACUAGAAUUUGCAAAUGAAUCUCCAUACAACUCGGCUUUGGUUUUCAAAAGAAUUGUUGAAACUUUAGAAUCAUUGAAGAUCACCGAAAAGAUCCAUCAUCCAGCUGCUUUGAAUGCAUUCAAUCAACUUGAACAGAUGUCAUUAGGUGUUGAAAACACCAAGUUGACAGUUGAGCUAUGUAAGCAAUUCAGAAGUUUGAUUGUAUCCUUAGAUGGUAAUGAUACUUUAGCCUAUGCCACUUUGGAAUCUCGUAUCGGUAACUUGUAUGCCUCCAUCAAUGAUUUCCACAAUGCCAUGGAACAUAUCUCUAAAACACCAAGAAUUUUCACUAGAGAGUUGGGUACUAAUCAUCAAAUUACUGCACAAUCCAGACAAUGGGUUAACGGUUUGUCUAACUUGAUGAAAGAUGCCCAACAGAAGAAGAAAUUGGCAGCCGAACAAGCUUCAGUAAACUCUGGUUCUCGUAAGAAGAAUGUUAACCAAAAGGCUGAUGCUCCUAAGGCAGAAUUAGCUGAAAAAUCUGUUGAUGAAUUAUUAGAUUUUAUUGAAGGCGGUUCAACUGAGAAAUCAAAAAAGAAGUCUAGCAAGAAAAAAGGUAAGAAAUAA